AGGAGAGCGAGCCUCCGGACUUCCAACCGCUCAGCAUGUGAAACGACGCUCUGUGUGAAGUCAAGUCGAAAAACGAUGGAAAUAUAAACCUUGUUACGUUUUAAACGUGUUUUGUUUAGCGCUAGAUUAACCGCGGGGACGCGUUGAUCGCGCCGGAGUAACUUGGGUUCGCGCAACUUGAAGAAAAUGGGACUUUAAGUUGUUUUCCACCGGGUCUGCAGUGAGAGUGGGCUGCUUGGAGUCACUUACAAAGACCAUCAAGAAGCCAUGACACGGCGAAGGUUUCACUUGGAUUUAUCUUCGUAAAACAGGAGGGGAAAGACGGUUACCGCGAUUUCAGCUCGAAUUACUCGGACCGCAAGCGAAGUUUCGCAACAUUUAAUGUAGAUUACUUUGCUUUUUCCGCCGUUUUCAAGUCUCUCUACUUGGAUCAAAGUUUUUCCUUCCCUCCCCCUCCUCCCCCUCCUCCUCCUCCUCCUCCUCUCCUCAACUAUGGCGGCGGCCAGGUCCACCACUGGCUCCGUGUUGCUGCGGAUCAUGUGGCUGGUGUGCGGGCUGUCCUUCUCGUCCACUUCUGCUCAAAAUUACAACAGCGAGAGCGGAAUAUCGAUCCCAGAACACGGGUUCUGCCAGCCCAUCUCCAUCCCGCUUUGCACCGACAUCGCCUACAACCAGACCAUCAUGCCGAACCUCCUGGGCCACACGAACCAGGAGGACGCCGGACUGGAAGUGCACCAGUUCUACCCUCUGGUUAAGGUGCAGUGCUCCGCAGAUCUAAAGUUUUUCCUCUGCUCCAUGUACGCGCCCGUCUGCACGGUGCUGGAGCAGGCCAUCCCCCCAUGUCGGUCCCUGUGCGAGCGCGCUCGCCAGGGAUGUGAAGCCCUCAUGAAUAAAUUCGGCUUCCAGUGGCCGGAGCGGCUCCGCUGCGAGGCUUUCCCCGUCCACGGAGCCGGCGAGAUCUGCGUCGGCCAGAACACAUCCGAACCCAGCAGCCCGUCCUCUUCUUCGCCCGACCUGGUCACCCUUCCGACCAACAUAGGCCGACCCAACCAACGCCCGCCCCAAAACAACCAGUACCACCAGUUCUCGUGCCCUCUGCAGCUGGAAGUGCCAGCCUACCUGGGUUACCGGUUCAUGGGGGUCAACGACUGCGGGGCUCCAUGCGAGCCCACCAAACCAUCCGGCAUUAUGUAUUUCCAGGAGGAUGAGGUCAAAUUCGGCCGGCUGUGGGUCGGGAUCUGGUCCAUCUUGUGCUGUGUGAGCACCUUAUUCACAGUGCUCACCUACCUCGUAGACAUGCGGCGGUUCCGGUACCCGGAGAGGCCCAUCAUCUUCUUAUCCGGGUGUUACUUCAUGGUGGCGGUGGCCUACGCCGCUGGGUUUUUCCUGGAGGACAAAGUUGUUUGUGUGGAUAAAUUCUACGAUGACGGCUACAGAACAGUGGCUCAGGGGACCAAGAAAGAGGGCUGCACCAUCCUCUUCAUGGUGUUGUACUUUUUUGGCAUGGCCAGCUCCAUCUGGUGGGUGAUUUUGUCCCUGACGUGGUUCCUCUCCGCCGGGAUGAAAUGGGGCCACGAGGCGAUCGAAGCCAACUCCCAGUACUUCCACCUGGCCGCGUGGGCCGUCCCGGCUAUUAAAACCAUCACCAUCCUCGCCAUGGGUCGGGUGGACGGCGACGUGCUGACCGGUGUGUGUUUCGUCGGGAUCUUUAACGUGGACGCGCUCCGCGGCUUCGUCCUGGCGCCGCUUUUUGUCUACCUGUUCAUCGGCACGUCCUUCCUCCUGGCCGGCUUCGUGUCCCUGUUCCGGAUCCGCACCAUCAUGAAGCACGAUGGCACUAAGACGGAGAAGCUGGAGAAGCUGAUGGUGCGGAUCGGGGUGUUCAGCGUGCUCUACACGGUGCCGGCCACCAUCGUGAUCGCCUGUUACUUCUACGAGCAGGCCUUCAGGGAGCACUGGCAGCGGACCUGGCACAUGCAGACCUGCAAGAGGUACGCCGUACCCUGCCCGGUCCACAACUUCGCCCCCAUGACCCCGGACUUCACCGUGUUCAUGAUAAAAUACCUGAUGACCAUGAUAGUCGGGAUCACCUCGGGUUUCUGGGUCUGGUCCGGGAAGACUCUCCAGUCAUGGCGGCGGUUCUACAAGCGCCUCAGCAACGGCAACCACGGAGAGACGACGGUGUAAAUAAAGUUUGGAAGAGGCAAAAAAAGGCACCACGCCACGAUUUUUUGAUAUAAUAACCAUGUAAAUGAGGUCAAAUAGCUUUCAUUUUUAAUAAUACUUUGGACUUUUUUUAUUUUCUUUCAUGUUGUGACUUUUUCUCUCACAACCAAACUUUGAUCUAUAUUCGAUAGAAGUUUUUUAACGUCUAUUUUGUCAUCAGCCCACACUCCUGGCUUUUGCAUUUUUGGAUUAUGAACUGGUGUAAAUGGCCCUACUGGUCCCUGGACUGUAUUGCGUGACUGACGAGGUUACUUUUGAUAUGAAACUCCUUAUUAUUGAUUAUAUCCUCAAUAUCACAAUGUUAAUGUACUUCUUGUCAACUGGUGAGAGUUUCUCACCAGAACAGAAAAGACUGAUGUGUCAAGAAGUGUGGCCUUCUGUCCAUGCUGCAGUGUAAAGGUCAAUGGUUUGGCCCCAACAGCCGCUGCACCUGGACUGUGAGUUCAUUAAUUAUGGAUGCAUGAAUUAUACAUUUUAAAUCACUCUGCUUUUAGUUUGAGACCGAAAUGCUUUAAUAUGUGUGUGAGAAUUUGCAGAGUACAAUCUCGCCUGUUUAAAUCUGAGAAAUAAUCCAUCAACUCAUGACUUUACCUGUCAUGUGGCUGCCCAGAAAUCAAAACUUUUACUUCAUUUUUACUUUAUUUUAAAAAAACGUUUCUGACUGUUGAGUAUUUGCUCUCGUAUUGAAUGUUCACUCCGAAGGUGAAUGAAGUUAUGUAUUGGUUUGCACAGCUGUCCUAACAGUGGUGAAAAGUGUUAAAAUGACUGAUUCAAAUAGUUAAAGAGACCACACACAGGCCUCCACUCUGCAAUGAAGACACAACAGCUCAUUGUUUGUCUCUGUGUGUGGUCUCUCAACUGUUGGAUUCCACCAUCAAAAAGACUUCUAAGCUUUUAAGACAUCCGAAGCACCAUUUCAAGGAUACAGAUUUGAUCCACACGGAGGGGAAAUGGUUGCUCGGGAUUCCGAUGUUAUUUUAUCCUUGAUAAAGAUGACUGUACACAUUCACGCUUGUAUUCUUCCCAGUGUACCUGCCCCCCCCCCCCACACACACACCCCUAUCCUUUAUAUUGUCACUUGAAGUGUUACAUGGUUCCCAUGCAGACUGAACAUUUUAGAGUUUUUAACGAAUCAUUUUAUUCUAAGAGUCUGGGCUACGUUACAGAAGCCUUCAAACACAGAGAAACUCUGGAAACAGGACUCGUGUUUGAUGUUUUAAAUCAUGUAAACGCUGGAAAGGAGGUCAAAGGUCACAACAGUGGGAAUGUUUUUUUCUAUUCGGAGACAGAGAGCGGUGGAGACGCACUGCGCCGUGUUCAGCAGAGGUGUAGGGUAGUGUGUGGAACAAAAAUCACUGGAGACAAUAUAGCAAUUGAUGACGACACUAUUGUAAAUGAAAUUGAAGACCCACUUUGCCAGUGACCAGUUCAUAGUAGAUAUUUUUAUAUAAAUCCCAGAAGUGUUUUCAAAACUAUUCUUUUUUCUUUCUUCUGAAAUCUCGGUAGUUUUAGAAAUGUCACUGGAAACUAAACAUUAAAAUAAUAAUGUCCUCACUUAACAGUGCCGAAUACAUUGUUAGUAAUAAUGGCACCGAUAUAAAAAAGUGACCAGUGAUUUAGUCCCAUGAAUCCUCUUGUUGUUUGGAGCACACUGGCUGUUUGAAUUGAUUCAACAAACGCGUUUAUUUCUCCCCCUAAAUAAUAAAAUCAGUAGGAAAUCUCGUGGGGAAACCUGAGCAGAAAAGUGUGUUUUCAUCCUGACUGAUAUAGUCGAAUAAGUUUGCCAGAAGGUUUUCUUGUUGUAUAGCACAUGAUCUCAGCAUACGUCACCUGUAAAUGAUGAACACAUUGUGCAGCAAUAAGGGUAAACUCACAACAUAAUGGCCUUAUAGACCUGCUAUUUUUGUGCUUAAUCUCUUAAAUUCUGUCCUGAAUCCACACUAAUACUAGAUAUAUAUAUACCUAAGUACCAAUCGUAUACUGUUAAAGCAGUUUGUAUACAAGAACUGUCACAUUUCCCAUGUGAAUGCACUACAUACCUCAACCCUGGUUAAAGUUAGUAUGUAGACUUGAGUUAGGAAACAUGUCAACGCUCCUACGCGAAUCAUCUUCGUCCGUGUUUUAAGGAAAUGGUGCAAAAGUAUUCUGUGUAAUUUGCCUUCAGACAGCAGAGAUCUGUUAGUGUUAAUGAUACCAGAUCCAUGUGUUUGUCUUGUACUACGUUUUCAGAAGGAUUAUGACUGCCUGCGAGUGUGUUUUUUUAUUUUUUUUACUGGAACAUAUGCAACCUACCAAGAAAACACAAACUCUGUUUUUAAAGGCAUAUUGUAUUUAUGGGGAUACUCAUUUUUGUCUUUUUCACUUGUUUUUUAAUGAGAUAAGCCUGUUGUAUGUGUACAGUUUGAAUAAAAGUGAUACGGUUUGUAAUG